AUGAGUCGAGAUCGGACUUCAGAGACUCAACAAAACCACAAUAAGCUGAACUCCGUGGGGGCGUUCCCUCCCUCUGUAACUGCUCUAUCCUCAGCUGUGGGCCGGACCGCUCACACUCCUCCAUCAGAGCGCAGUGGAUGCGAAGCUCCUGGGACGCUGGAGAUUAACCCCGCGCUCCCUGAAGCCGCAGAUCCUCAGAGGGUCCGCACAGAAGGACAGCUCCCCAUCGACAGCAGCGGUCUCCUCUUUCUGACAACCUGCAACAUCCUGAGUUAG